GUCAAAUUAAAAUUAAGACCGGCGUUGUUAAGCGCAUAGCUAAAGAGAAGGUCGUGUACGAGAAGGAGGCAGAACAGCAGAAGACGAGGAUACAGAAGUUAAAAGACGAAGGCCAGGACGAACACAAUAUCAGAAAGCAGGAGGAAGUGUUGCAGGAGUCUCUUAUGAUGGUCCCUGACUGUCAAAGGCGAUUGGUAAAAGCAUUUGCUGAUCUCAAGACUACAUUAGAAACAGAACAAGACCUCAAAGAAAACGAGGACUAUAUAGCCGCACAGCAAGUACUCAAGGACGCAGAACCGCAGCUCCCUGAGAACGCAGCUUUAUAAUAGCACAGUAUUUUUCUAUUCCUUUAAAAUUAUAACAAACCAAUCAUGUCUUAUAAUCCUAAUUUUUAUAAUAAUAUUUGUGGUAAUAAUGCUACAUUCCAAAGCUUGCCAUCUGUUUACGUGCCACCACCGCCUCCACCUCCUGCAUUCUUCAUUCCACCAAGUACUGCGAUUGUCAAUCAAGAACAAAAUGAUCAGGAGGCAAUUAGAAAAUUUGAGAACAAGACACCAAUGCAGAAAGUCACACAAGUCAAAACCAAGUCCUUAUCAAUAUCAGAAGUACGCAAGGAGAUUAGUCAACUGGUUCUUGCCUUAAACAAUUUGAAGAGAAAGCAGAAUGUCUUAUUGGAAAAACUAACACUGCUUCCCGAUGACGAAUGGAAUGCUCACGUCGCUCAUAUAGAGGAGAAUAAGCAACAAAUUAACAAAACACUGUCUCAACUGAAUGGGCCUUAUUUGGAGAUGUUACGGAAGCUUUUAGCUAAGAGGUCAGCAAAGAGGUUGCGGUUAAGAAGACGCAAUUUAGAGAGGAAGAAGGACAAAGAACAAAGGAUAAAGGAGUUGAAAGAGAGAUCCAGGAAAAUUGAUGAGAAUUUACAGAAAAUACAAGAUAAUAUCAAUAGAGUAAAACAGGAAGAAGAAGCAAAACUCGAAGCGGACAUGGUGCUCAAAGAAGUACUCCGUAAGAAAGGCGAUGCCAAGAAGUGUAUUACUAAGCUUGACGCGCUAGUUAAGCUGCGGAAAGCGAGACAGAAUACGGCUAGAGGAAGAGGAGAGAAUGUGUCGGAGAAUGAUGGGAAUGUCUUUAUUGCAAAUAUAGAUAAACUAAAAUCUCUUUGGACCCAAAAACUUGUUCUUUACGAGAAGGAAGAAGCUGAUCUCCGAGCGACUCUAAAGAAGGAAGAACAGAACAUAUGUAAGAGCGAGACAGAGAAACAAGUGGCCUCUAAUCUAGACCAGUGGUGGGGAACCCUGUUUGGUGGGAUGAAACCGCAGGCAGACUUUAAAGGCAACCAGGAACAAUUCGUUAACAUUAGAACUCAGUGGGACAAGUACAUAAGCAGUGACGGAUCUCCUCUCCCCGUGGGCUGGGUGCCGCCGGCGCCGAGACCAGAACACUGCCUGAUGGAUGAUACUCAAUAAUAUAGUGUGGGACGUGAUUAUAAUUUGCACAAUGUGUGUGGCAUCAUUGCAAUGCUUUUGUAUGAAUAAAGAAUGCAUUUAUUUACUAAA